AUUUGGUGGAGCGCCAAUUGCUGGGCAUGGUGGACAGUGGUUUGACCGAUAACACCGCCAUCGGCCAUGCAGUCAGCAGUGGCGCGAGGGAGAUCUUCUACAUGGGGCAAGUCAUGUCGAAUGGUGAACUGGAGGAUUUCUACCGGGUCUUCGCCGGGAAGAAGACUGACACUCCGCUCAUACCUCUCACAGCCCUAGACUUUUGCCCUUUCUGCAAGGCAAACUUCCAGGUGUUUCAGCAGACAGAGUCUGAAGUGAAGAGCAAGCUUCAGGAGGUGUCCCAGUUCUUCAAGAUCUCUCCAACGUCUUCAGCGGUCACAGGUAUUCGAGUAGCGACCUUGAAUCUGACGACCAGCCAGUGCGACUACUUUGGCAUCGAAGCAGAUCGAGCAACCAGAACCGCCAGUAUACUGCAGGGUUUGGAAGUCGCGGGGAUUUUACUUGGGCAAUGCCAUGGUGUGGAACCGUCACCCUUGAGGGAGGGGGAAAGCGUUGUGGGUUCCUAAAUGGGGUGUCAACAAUGAACAACAUGAACGCGAAACACACGGGGGAGAAGCCUUUGUGCGAUGGUUGUGUUAGAUAUCAUCCGGCAAAAGUUUCGUCGUCCAAUUCGAGGUCCAAGGCUGGACUGAUGCCGAGGCAGUGACCUUGAAUCUGGUUGUCAUCGAAAGCCCGCUAUUCAUGGGUGGCUUUGCUUACUCGGACUACGCGACCAUGGUGCAGGACAUCAUGGAUGCCUUUCGGAACCCUGAGAACAGCGGCCUGGUCAAUAAGAUCCUCCGCUGGCUGAAGCUUUGAGUCCUUCACCCACGGUCAAAGUCUCGUGGCAGUCUCCUCGGCUUAGCCGAGGAGACCAGGAAGGGUGCAAAAGAAUGCUGAAGAUUGAGCAAUUGGAAUGAGCGGCAUUGGAACAUUUUUGUCACAUCAACAUG